UUAGGGGAAUAGGUUACAGAUAAAAUGAAGGGCCAUAAUAGAGACCGGGAAUAAUAAUCCUGCAACUAGGAAGAACACAGGAAAGAAAGGAAAGUUCCUCACUGGAACUCACAAUUACCCAAUAGAAAGGGAGCAUUCCAUGAGGUUGGGGCACACGCCAGCUGGUAGGCCAAAUCCUAAAAGGGACCUAGCACCCUAAAAGAUUUUGGGUUAGCUGUGGGGAGAAGUGGGGUUGGAGAGCGUAGUGGAGUUAGGGGAGAUACCACAUGGCUUGGGGGAAGAGGAAAGAUAGUCCUGGCAGACUGACCCAAAGGAAGGCAGAGCCAGGGGAUGGCCCCAAAGUAGAUUUUCUAGGGAAAAUUUAACUCCAGGGGCAUGACAGGGAUUUAUUUCUACAUAGGGUGGGUUUCUGGGUUUGACAUAACUUGGAUUUCAGACUGGAAUGGACCAUGUAGCUGAACUGAGCUGUACCAGAGUCUUGGCCUUUGUCCCUCAGGGAUCAGUUCUUUCUCAAUUCCUUUGCUAAUUAUACCUAACAUUUCAUCAGAAUGAGAUUUAAUUCCUUGUUUGGGAAGUCUGGGACUGAGAAGUUACAUAGUUGGGAGGGUUUGGUUGAGCAGCCAGAGGGACAGUGGUUAUUUCUGACCCUGAUUCCCCUCUGAAGAGGAGGCAGGAGUGUCCACGUUUGGCCUGUGACAUUUAUGUUCAUUAUUUUUUAUUUUUAUUUUUUUGCUGAGGCAAUUGGGGUUAAGUGACUUGCCUAGGACAGCUAAGCAGUGUUAAGUGUCUGAGGUUAGAUUUGGACUCAGGUCCUCCUGACUUCAGGGCUGGUGCUCUAACCACUGUGCCACCUAGUUGCCCCUUCUGCUGGGCCAUUUGUAAAGCAAGGCUUGAGCAAGGCAGCUGCUGGACAUUCCCUGCCAUGAAGGGAACAACUGAUCAUAGCCAGAGCUCCUCUCUCCACCCGGGGGGAGUUGCUGCCAGCUACCAGGCUGCGGGACUGACACCCCCGUGACACCUCACCUUGCCAGUCAUAAUCAACAGGGGUUUUCAAACUCUUGGCUUUGAGAUUUUUCCUAUCUCUUAUCUAUUUAUUUUUGGGUUUUGCUGAGGCAGUUGGGGUUGAGUGACCUGCCUAGGGUCCCGCAACUAGGAUGUGUUAAGUAUCUGAGGCUGGAUUCGAACUCAGGCCCUCCUGACUCCAGGGCUGCCUAUCUUAUUGAUGACAAUGUUUACAUUUUUUACCCUCGGGAUUCCUUUACCCGUAUCCCCAAACCUUGUUGCCUCAUUUUUGCCACUCUGUUUGAGGAAAUGAUCUCAUUUCUAUGAUUGGCCCUUGUCACUUUACCUACUCAGUCUACCUUCCCCCAACACCUGGGAAGUGCAUCAGCUCCCUCCUCCCCACGAGUCUCUGGAGGGGCGGAUCCGACUGCCUCCAAGGAAAGGAGGCGGAGGAAGAAGAAUACGCAUGGGACGCAAGGAGGAGGAGACUCCGGUUCAUUUACGGCUAGAUCCUGUUCCGGAGUCUACUACCUCCCAGCAGUUUCGGUCAGCACCGGGGAUCGGGGGCGGUCCUUCCAGGGGCCGAGGCCCCGCCUUCCGUGACGGCUCUCGGUUCCUCCCCUUGGCGUCUGGCCCAGCCCGGCCACUGCUCCAGGUCAGCGCCCCCCUCCAGAUACAACUUCCGGGCUCUUCGCUGAGGUCACCGGGUUCUAGUUCCGGGGCUUCCUGACAUUCGCAGGGACCAGGGCUGCAUCCAUCCAGGCCUUCUCCUCCUCGUCUUCGUUCCACUCCGGGCAGAGUAGGGGGAAGCCAUCCCCUGGGGUUGAGGCCUAAAGGGCUGUCGUCUCCCACCCCUCAUCGCUUGACGUCACAGGGCCCUGCCCCCGACCCCUCCUCCGUCGUCACCACCUGCUGUCCCAUUACGGACAGAAGGAGGGAAGAAAAAAAAGCACAACUGAUGGAUGCAUUUGGAAAACGUGUUCCAUGUGCAACGCCUGGGAACCUCUCACCUCCAGAAAGGGGCCAGAGACCUGGACUAGGACCGAGACGGAGCCCGAGUACAAGCCCUGGACUGGGAGCAAGUGGAGCCAGUGUGCCUGGGCCAGCAGGCCCAGCAAUGGCAAUGUUCCGGAGUCUGGUGUCCUCGACACAGCAGCGGCAGCAACCACCAACAGCCGGGCCCCCUGCCAGUGCCCCACAGCCCCCGGCUGAGCCCAGUGCCAGCAGUGAGAGUGACCUGGAGACCCAAUACAGCUGCCCCAUCUGCCUGGAGGUCUACCACCGACCCGUGGCCAUUGGCAACUGUGGACACGUAUUCUGUGGAGAGUGUUUGCAACCGUGUCUUCAGGUGCCAUCUCCACUUUGCCCACUCUGCCGAGUGCCUUUCGAUUCUAAGAAAGUGGACAGAGCUUCUAGUAUGGAAAAGCAGCUGUCAUCCUACAAGGCUCCAUGCCGGGGCUGCAGCAAGAAAGUGACUCUUGCAAAGAUGAGGUCACACAUUUCUUCCUGCAUGAAGAUCCAGGAGCAGAUGGCCAGCUGUCCCAAGUUUGUCCCAGUAGUGCCAACGUCUCAACCCAUUCCCAGAAAUAUCCCAAACAGAUCCACCUUUGCUUGUCCAUACUGUGGAGUCCGUAAUCUGGAUCAGCAGGAGCUGGUGAAGCACUGCAUGGAGAAUCACCGUAAUGACCCCAACCGUGUGGUCUGCCCCAUCUGUUCAGCCAUGCCCUGGGGUGACCCCAGCUACAAGAGUGCCAACUUCCUGCAGCACCUCCUCCAUCGCCAUAAAUUCUCCUAUGAUACCUUUGUGGACUACAACAUCGUUGAAGAAGCUGCAUUUCAGGCCGCCCUGGAGCUAUCUCUCUCUGAGAACUGAAGGCAGCCCUGGCUGGGCCCAAACCCUUAUCUGUGGUCAGAAGUCACCUUUUCCAUAGAGAAGGGCAAGAGGCUUGCUCACUCAUCAGCAUUCCCUAAUAGUUAUGCUUCUGUGUCACCUUUAUUUGAAUUGUACCUUUUAAAGUAAAGAAUUCCCUGCACUCGGAGAGCGGGCCAACCCCAAGAGCCAGUUCUCAGAGCCCUUCUGUGAGUGAGAAAAGAUUGAUGAACCUUUUACCAGUUCAAAGAGGACUUUUACCUCUCUUUUGGGUAAAGUUGAUUUGUUUGGUGUUUGGAGACCCAUAUGACAAUCCCUAGAGGGCAGCUGAGUGGAGGGAGAAUGUUUGGCUCUGGAAAAUCAGAGCAUCUUCCCCUUCCCUCCCCCCCCUUCUUCUAAGUAGUAAUUUGGCUUCAUGCUUCUGAAAACAGUUUGGAGAGCCCUGACUCCAUUAUUGUUGAUCCAGACAUGUUAGACUUGAGGGGAGUGGAGAGGUGAGAGAAGCUGAAAGAGAAAUUUAGCUGAAGACCUGAAAGGGAAGAAUGUUUUCCUAAAACCCCCUCCUAACAUCUGGCAUUCAGCAAAGUUUCCACCUUGCUCAUUUGGUACCAGCUUUUGUGAUACUUAGAAAUUCUGGCAUUUUUCUCUGUUAACUAGUAUGAUAACCUUUUCACAUUUUAUAGUGUGAGAAAAAAGUAGUUCUUCAUGUUGCAAUAUCUGUGUUUGACUAAUAACAAUGGUAUUUUUAUGGAACAUUUAAAAAAUAUAUUUAAAAAAAUCAACCAAGUAUAGGAUCAGCAUAGGGGGAGCGAUAGGGAGCCUGAGAAAGUCAGAAUGAAAACUGGAGUUAAAAGAGGGGUUUUCUCACUUGUGCUUGUGCGAUUUUGAGGUGGCUAUGUUCAUUGGAUUAUUUCUAUAUUUUUAAGGUUUUCAUUGUGUCUACCUUUUCCUAAUAAAAAGAGACUCUUGCUCCCUUGUGCAAGCAGUGAUGCUGCUAGUGUGUCAGAGGUACUAGUUCCCAAAUGAAUUUUUACAUAAUAGAAACAGAAUUGCUCCCAGGCUUAGGAGAAGAUUAGACCAGAAGGGAGGAUGGAAAAGAGGUGGCUCCCUACUCUUUUUUACUUCUUCUGGAAAGAGAUGACUGGAACUCACUCCUCAGGCAGAGGCUUCUAAACAGCUUCACUGAAUGAUGGGGCCUGUAACAACCCCAAAACCAGGUGAGGAGAGUGGUUUGGAGCCAUGGACCAUCUUUUCAGCUAAUACCUGAGCUCAGCUUUGGGGUUUGGGAAGAAGUUCAUAAGCUUUCUGGUUUGUGUAAUGAUAUAAAUUAUUGUUGUCUUUAAAAAAAAUAAAAUAAAAUAAGCUUCAGUGCAUCUAAAAUAUAA